GAAAUAAUUAUUUUGUCAAAAUAAAUAAAAUUAGAAAUUCGUAUUGUCUUGUGGUUUUGUUAGAUUAAUCAAGCGAAAAUUUGAAAAGCGGAAUCUUUUGCCGUGUCUGUUUUAAAGUAAUUCAGUGUGUGGUACUUUCCUAACCUUAAAAUGUUGUUGUUAGGCGAUACUUUCCCUAAUUUCACCGCUAACACGACCGCCGGCGAGAUAGAUUUUCAUGAAUAUCUUGGAGACUCAUGGGGCAUCCUGUUCUCACACCCAUCAGACUUUACUCCUGUGUGUACUACAGAGCUUGCUCGAGUUUUGACUCUCAUGCCGGAAUUCAAGAAGCGUAAUACCAAAGUGAUUGGAUUGUCCUGUGACAGUAUCCAGUCUCAUGAAGAUUGGUGUAAAGACAUUCAAGCUUAUGCAGGAUGCAAUGAAGAUGAGAAGUUCCCCUAUCCUAUUAUAGAGGAUAAAAACAGGGAGAUCGCAAAAAUGCUCUGCAUGGUGGAUAAGGAUGAACUAGAUAGUGCGGGAUUGCCGCUCACCGCACGCGCUGUUUUCAUUAUCGAUCCUCUCAAAAAGUUCCGGCUUUCGUUCCUUUAUCCAGCGACUACUGGCCGAAACUUCGAUGAGAUACUCCGCGUCCUGGAUUCUUUGCAGCUGACGGACACCGCUAAAGUUGCUACACCGGUGGAUUGGAAGAUGGGUGAAGACUGCAUGGUGCUGCCUACUGUCCCAGAGGAUCAAAUAUCUAAAGUGUUCCCUCAAGGUGUGACUGUAGUGCCUGUACCAUCUGGUAAAUGUUAUUUGAGGAAGACGAAGUGCCCCAAGCCUUAACAAGUUGAACAGGUGUAAACAUUGAUAUUAUAUUUUCAAUUACAUGCCUACGGGAUAAAUUUAUCUUUGUCAACGUG